AUGCUCCUGUAUCUCGGCGUGAUUCUCUGCUUUCAAGUGGCGAUUGGGCAGCGGCAGCCCGGCGGAAGGCAGUUUCCGGCGAGGGAGCUCGAUUCCCUCCUCCAAGACUAUGCCUUUAGGGCUUUUCACCGGCCGAGGACCGGCAUUGUCUACGACGGCGCCGUGCCUGCAAAUCUCACCGGGGUUAGUGUGGCGGCCCUGCGGCUGAGGAGCGGCAGCCUUCGCCGGAAGGGGUUUUCCGGCUUCAGGGAGUUCGAAAUCCCGACCGGCGUCGUCGAGCGGCCGUACGUGGAGAGGCUUGUCUUGGUAUACCACAAUCUAGGCAAUUGGUCCUCACUGUACUACCCCUUGCCGGGAUACACCUUUCUGGCGCCGGUUUUGGGGCUUCUGGCUUACGACGCCGCCAAUUUAUCUGCUGUGGAUCCGACGGAGCUCGACAUUCGGGCCGCGGGAGAUCCGAUCUCGAUCGGGUUCCCGGGCCUUGGGCCCGGCCCGAAUAACCAAAUGCCUAUGUGUGUGUAUUUUGGUUCAGAUGGCACGGUUGUUUUCGAUCAUCUUGCCAACAGCACUUGCUUGGCCACGAGUCAGGGGCAUUUCUCGGUUGUGGUGCAGUCGGCGCUUGCUCCGGGACCCGCUCCGGCGACCGCUCCGGCGGCCGGAGGCGGCGGCGGCGGCGGUGGAGGGGCGGAAGGAAGAGAGGAUAAUAGGAGGAGAAUGUGGAUAAUUGUUGGCUCUGUGGUUGGAGGUGCAUUGUUGAUGGUGGCUUUGGGUUUGUUGCUCGGUUAUGUGGGGAAGUGCCGCCGGAGGACGAAAAUCCGGCGAAUGGAGGAAGCGUCGGAGUUGGGAGUGCCGCUGCCGAUGGCGAUGGUGGGGCCCACGAAGGCGCCCGUGGCCACGGAGACUCGGACGAGACCGGUGCUCGAGAACGAGUUUGUGCCCUAA